AAGAGGAAGAACGUAACCUAGAGGGUGAACUGGGAGGCGGUGUCCAUCUUAUUUACACCGGUGUGAUUGCUAAAUUUCUGAUCUGUCGGAUUUUUGAAGUACUAUAAAAGUUGAACGCCGGGUCUUCCGAGAUGAGCAGUUCAGAAGAAGUUUCAUGGAUCUCCUGGUUCUGUGGACUGAGGGGGAAUGAGUUCUUCUGUGAGGUGGAUGAAGACUACAUCCAGGACAAGUUUAAUCUGACAGGGCUCAAUGAGCAGGUUCCCCACUACCGCCAAGCCCUUGACAUGAUCCUUGACCUCGAACCAGAUGAGGAGCUGGAGGACAAUCCCAACCAGAGUGACCUGAUCGAGCAGGCCGCUGAGAUGCUGUAUGGCCUCAUCCACGCACGCUACAUCCUCACUAACCGAGGCAUCGCACAGAUGUUGGAGAAGUAUCAACAGGGAGAUUUUGGCUAUUGCCCCAGAGUCUAUUGUGAGAAUCAGCCAAUGCUUCCUAUCGGUCUGUCAGACAUCCCAGGAGAGGCCAUGGUGAAGCUGUACUGUCCUAAAUGUAUGGACGUCUACACGCCCAAGUCCUCAAGGCACCACCACACAGAUGGAGCCUAUUUUGGCACUGGCUUCCCCCACAUGCUUUUCAUGGUUCACCCUGAGUACAGGCCCAAGAGGCCCGCCAAUCAGUUUGUCCCAAGGCUGUAUGGGUUCAAGAUCCACCCCAUGGCCUACCAGCUGCAGCUGCAAGCCGCCUCCAGCUUCAAGAGCCCCGUCAAGGCCAUCCGCUAGAGCGCCCUGGACAGAGGAGGAGGAGGUGGCGGAGGAGGAGGAAGAUUUGGUAGAGAAAGAGAGAGAAGACAGGAAAGAUUAUCAUCAGAUGGGGAGGGGUCACCUGCAUUUUACACAGCUUUUCAGGUGCCCCCUCCCCACCCCGAAGACUGUAUUAUUUUUGGUUUAGAUUAGGACAAAUGGAAAAAAUGUCAAGAUUUUUAAGUGUGAGAGCGACAAAAACACACAGCCAUGAUCUAAAUCACAAGCAAACACUCACACACACACACACACACAUGCACUCAUACAUACAGAAACACAUAGAUGCAUCCACACACGUGGGAUUCCAUGCACGUACCUUACCAAACUCAUCAGUGCCAAAAACAGGAGGGUGACUUAAGAGGAAGCUGAACAAUACAGGGGCUUCAUGCUACUGCUGCUGUUCACUCUGCUGUCAUAAUCCGUGGGUGACGCUACAGGGAACUUUUUCCCGUAGAGAAGGUUUUAUGUUCAGGGCUGUUCGACAUAAAGCAUUUGUUUGUUCUGUAUUUGGCACAGUUUGGUAAAGGGUGGUGGUAAACCCUCCAUCAUUUGAAGCCUCCCACCUCAUUAGCCCCCCAAAUGCAUGUACGCUCGACUGGCACUCGCAGAGACAGUUUGGUCGUUUGAAAGAAUUUGGUUGCCGGUUUUUCCGAUGUUUUUUGGUGUUGUUGCACAAAGCUUUCUGUUAAAUUUGCCUUAAGAUUUCAGAAAACAUACCCAGAUUGGGUUUUUUUUAAGAGGCACAAGCAACAGUAGUUUUUUUUCUUUCUCCUUUCUCCUGUUAGAGGCAGUAAAGUAGAAAUAGCUUAAACUAACACGAAUUUUCGAAUCGUUCAGACAAUUGUAACCUGCUUCAUUUCUCCAGCUGUCUGUGCGUGUGUCAAACAACUGUCUGUAUUGGUACCGAAGUGAAACAAUAACCUGUGCUACAUUUUUCUGAGACGUGUCCCCUUCCUGCAGCAGCAGGCUUAGCUGUGUUUGUAUUGUCACCCCCCCCCCCCCCUCAUAGCUUCAUCCUCCUAAAAGAAAUACUUUGUCAUUUUGGGAAAUGAUUUUCCACUUUCUGGCAGAGAGCAGAUUAGAAGACUGUUACCACUCUACAAUAAUGUGACGCUAUCGCUAGCGGCCGGUUAGCUUUGCUUAUACAGUAACGGGGAAACGGUUAGCCUGGCUAGCUCUGUCGAAAGAUAACAAAUUGAUCCUACCAGGACAUUUAAAGCUCACUAAUUAACUUUGUUAGCUAAUUUUCAUUAUGCCUUGAGUGGGACAUACCUCAUUCUCAUAACAUUGCAACUUUGAACUUUGACCCUCUUCUUAUAUGUCCACUUUGCAGAGGAUUGUGGGUCAGAAUUGCCUGAAAAGCAUGAUGGCUUGCAUACUGCUAAAUGAAAUUGGAUGCAGCAGGACAUCCUGGUAUUUUUGCCACACUGCAUUUGACAUACUAUGUAUUGGGACAUACUAAAUCUUUUUUCUUGCAUACUGGAUAGUUUGGCAGUAUGGGUAUUUGAACCCACAGCCAGCGUUAGAGUCCAGAAAGUAACUGGUCCCUGCCAGGAAUAGUUUUUUAGCCUUAUGUACGCAUUAAACAAACUAGAUGUUCAUUAGUGAGCUUAAGAGGUGUUGGUAGGCAGAGUUUAUUACCAUUAUACUGAGAAAGGCUAUCUCCUUCCCCGUUUCUAGUGUUUUAGCUAAGUUAAACUAACCGGCUGCCGGUUGUAGCUUUGUAUUAAACCUACAUAUACGAGGACGUCUGUCUUCUCUUCGGUGUCUGAAAGCGAAUAUGUCCCAAAAUGUCAAACCAUCCCUGUAAAGUUCGAGGACGUAACCCGGUGAAAGAGGAAUUUCAACAAUCUGAAUCCUUCAGCUCACUCCACCACUGCACUGAUCCCACUGGUGUCUCUCCACAGCACAGUCUCAUUAUUUAUGUUCAGGUUUAGAGACAGACCGACCACCAGCCGCUUCCUUUUUUUUUGUUUCUGAAGCAGUGGGACAGACACUCAGCUGUCCGUUCCUUUCUCCCUCCCGUUUACGUUUGUGUGACUGGAAUUGAUUGUUUUUUGGAUUUCAUGAUACAAGAGAAACGGUAUUUAUGUGUCCAGAUUUUAACUAAUGUUUGUCUGUGUUGUUGUUGUCUUUCUGCUACUGUGGAAGGGUGAGCAGGAUUCAGACUUCUCAAUAAACUUCUAUUUUCUUUUCAUA